GAGUUCUGAGCACAGGGUAAUUAGAGUACUUAAGGUAUGAAUGAAAUCUCGAGGUGUAAACAAACUAUCCAAAUACCUAUCAAAUCCAAAAUAAAACAAAAAAAAAACCUAUAAUGAAGGAGCGCUGUCGCGUUUGCAUGCUGAAUUCCCAAGACAUGAUUAAUAUUUUCGAUGGAGCCCCGGAAUCUGGAAUACCUAUAGUGGAUAUUAUUGCUCACCAUACUGGAUUGGAAGUCAAGCGAGGAAACUUAUUUCCUGAGACAGUUUGCAAAAUGUGCCUGCAGGAUGCGCAAAAUUCGUAUAAGAUUGGACAAACUUCAGAGCAAAUUCACCACUUGCCAACUAUAGUUAAGGAGGAAAAGGAAGUUCAUGAUGAGAAUCUUAUAAAGGAGGCGGAAAGCCAGAUAUUUCUGGGCCAAGUAAAGGAGGAGGUCCUUCAUGAGGAACUGGACGAACGCCUAUGCUUCUUUCAAGAUGUUAACUACCAAGUUGGAGAGCAGGACUCACAUUGUUUGGAACUCCAAUUAAAGAACGAACCCAUCGAAGAUGAUUUCCAAGAGGAAGUCAAUCCCUUACUAGAAAUCCCAAGUGAUCAACCCGACGAACGAAUACUAGACGAUGACACUGGUCAAGAAGUCAAGAGCGAGCUCAUUGAUGAUUACUUCGUAGAUGAGGUCAAUCCCUUAUUAGAAAUCGAUGGUGAUCAACCUGAUAAACAAGUUAAAGACGGGGAAAUUUCAAAGGCCCGUCUUGACUGGAAAAAUUCGUACAAGUGUUCCUACUGCCAAAUAAGCUUUCGCAAUCGAUCAUCUAUGAUGAAGCACUUCCUCAAGCACACGGGGGAACGACCUUACAAGUGCAGCCAAUGCUCGAACUCCUAUAAAGUAAAGGAGUCCUUAUUGACGCACAUGAUGGGAGAGGAGCCGUUCAAGUGCCCCCAUUGCUCCAAGGGCUUUGUGCGAGAACCCACGCUGAAGAAACACCUGAGCAUUCACACAGGGGAACGGCCUUUCAAGUGCUCCCUCUGUUCAAAAACAUUUCGGCUUAAGGAACAUCUCAAACGCCACAAUAGGUGCCACACGGGAGAACGACCCUAUCAGUGUGAUCAAUGCGAAAAGUCCUUUGCGGACAAUUCUUUUCUCACGGUCCACAAACGAACUCACACGGGCGAGCGACCCUAUAAAUGCCCCGAUUGUCUGGCAACUUAUAUGGAUAGUGGAAGCCUCAGGAAACACAGAAUGGUUGACACGAUAGAACCGUUUAAUUGUGACCACUGCGACAAGACUUUUAGGGCUAAGGGGUGUUUUAAUUAUCACAUCAGAUCUCUGGACUUGGUAGUCCAAAAGUAACAAACUUAGGGUAAAGCUAAAUAAAAUUAAUUUAUAAAUACUUAAUGUUUAC